AUGUCGACCAAAGCUAUAGUGGUUGAAAAGAUCCCAGUGGUAACUCCAGCCCCUGUUCUACCUACGAGAAGACGCGUUGCUAAAUGGUAUUUCGGUGGUCUCGCAUCAGCGGGUGCAGCUUGUUGCACGCACCCUCUGGACUUGAUCAAAGUUCACCUGCAAACUCAGCAAACUGGGAAAUUGAGUCUAGUUGGAAUGACAGUUAAAAUUGUCAAGCAUCAAGGCGUUCUUGCGUUGUACAAUGGUCUGAGCGCCUCACUCCUACGUCAGCUCUCCUAUUCAACAAUUCGUUUUGGAAUCUACGAAGUAUCCAAGCAGGCUGCCGCUCCGGGCGGCGAAGCCAUCCCAUUCAUCAUGCGGAUUGGUAUGGCAGCUGGAGCCGGUGCCUGUGGUGGUUUCUUCGGCACCCCGGCGGAUCUGAUCAACGUUAGGAUGCAAAACGAUAUAAAGCUACCUUUGGAAGAAAGACGAAACUACAAAAAUGCAAUCGACGGAUUAGUGAAGGUUUACCAAACGGAAGGUCUGAAACGUUUGUUUGGUGGGGCUACAAUGGCGACUUCGAGAGCCGUCCUGAUGACGGUAGGCCAGCUCUCAUUUUAUGACCAAAUCAAAAUCAUGCUGCUGACUACUCCAUACUUCAACGACAACCUCGUCACCCAUUUCACUUCCUCUUUGCUUGCUGGAGCAAUUGCCACUACUAUGACCCAACCGCUGGAUGUUUUAAAGACGCGCGCAAUGAACGCGAAACCGGGCGAAUUCAAGAGUCUCAUGCAUCUAAUCGCUUACACAGCAAAACUUGGUCCUCUAGGAUUUUUCAAAGGUUACGUGCCGGCAUUUGUCCGUCUUGGCCCGCAAACCAUAUUGACUUUCGUGUUCUUUGAACAACUGAGGCUCAGUUUUGGCAUUGACAAGUGAGCUUCUGAAGCAGUGCUAGCGUUUCCGUAGAUAUGUGCCCUGAGGCUGGGUCGAAGGAGGUAACCGUUGCCGUAUUUUCCAAGUGCAAUAUUUUGAAUUGGAACCGGACGAAAUGGGUUGGUUGAGGUUUAUUUGUUACGUUGAAAUGGAAUUGUGUUCCCUGUUUGUUUCUGUAGAACAUGACUCUUACAUUUACUCGGCUGAUGUGAGCGUGAGAAUCUUCGAACAAUUCGGUUGAAUUUUGCAUAGGUAUGUUAUACCGCUUGCUUGUCGAGCACCGAAUCAACGUUAUGCUUUGUUGACUUGGUUUUCCUGUGUGGCCCGUUUUGAGCAUGGGAUCCAUCUCACGAAGUCGUUCAAAAUCAAGAGAAAAUUCGUAGGAAACGUCGUUCAACGUUGGGUUUCGGUAUUAGAACGCCUACGUGGUACCUAUUAGCAAUCUCCUGGAAAUAAGGCUUCGAGCGUAUCUUCCUUGGGAACAGGUUCAACCCGUCAUCGUCGAUUGUUCUAUAAAUUAGUUAACUUCUGCUUUUUCGUUCUAUGUUUUUUUUCUGUGUGAACAAGUCAUGAAGUAAACGUCGCGUACAAAUUCAGCGUUCCACUAUUUUAAAUUGCCCUUCCGUUUACUACCGAGUUCCAUGUCCUAAAGCUGAACCGAUAGGUUAAAGCCUAUCGAAAUAAUAAAAAAUUCUCAGAAAUUUUAAAACUCGAAAUUUUCAUGAUCCUAUUGAUCAUUAAAUUCUAUGGAUCCCCGUAGAGCGAGAGAAGGGAAAAAAAUCAACGCUGCGCGGAGCUUUUUUCGUAUUGAUACUACCUAUUUUUUGGUUGUGUCGCGUAAUGUGAAUUUUUGUCAGGCCUUCGCGCAUUCGGACUGUUCGAAACAUCGAGUACUAAUGAACCGCUUUAGUUUUUUUGCAAGUUUUUUCCUGCGAAUCAAAAAAUGCGUAUGUGCUGACGUGAUCGAGAAAAUCCUUUUUGUGCAAUAUUAUCGUGUCUCGUACAGAAUCUGAUGCGAGUUCGCGUUGACUUUUUGGAAUUAGUAACAGGUGCGGGGGGGUCCAACUUUUCAUCAGGCGCACGAGGCUCAAGGUUCACGCGUGUUCGGAGUCUCGCCCUUCACGGUUUCAUUGGCAAUCACUCAAGCUUCCCGAAAAAAUAUUUCUAAGCUUGAAAGAACUUUCUCGAGUGUUUUUCUGGUAUGUGACUGACCUAGGAAAAUUGUCGGAUGUGAUAACAGGAUGUAAGGAGGGGUUACGUAAAAUGUCGUGUUGGAAUAUUUUCCGUCGGGGGAUUUUGGAAGGCACAGAAUUGGGUCAGCAGUCAUGUCAGACC